AAAUACGAAGAGAAAAGAGAUUGUAAGGGAUAAGGGUGAUCAGAGCAAUUUCACCAUGUUAACACAUGUGCAAAGACAAAAAUGAAGAAAUAUAUUCAAUUAACUUCUUAGUCUUAGUACAUGUUGGACUUAGAGUGUAUAUAGGCUCAACUGAAAGAGUUUAUUAUAGAAAAAUUCUCUAACAACAUUCCAUUAAUAGCUAACACUAAGAUAAGACUAAAAAUAAAAAAUAAGAUAUAUGUAUAUAUAUUGUAACAAAUCUACUUUGUAGUAAACCAAUGGAUUCUCAAAAUUUUGAUCUAUUACCCCUUCUCUCCCUUUUCCUCUUCAUCCUUAUAGCACUAAAUAUUGUGAGAAAUCUAAAGAAAAAAGGCUCAUCUCCAAACCUACCUCCAGGACCAUGGAAGCUACCUAUUAUAGGACACAUACACCAUCUAGUUACCUCUACACCACAUAGAAAACUAAGAGACUUGGCCAAAAUACAUGGACCCUUGAUGCAACUACAGCUUGGAGAGAUCUUUGCAGUUGUUGUUUCCUCACCAGAGUAUGCUAAGGAGAUACUUAAAAUCCAUGAUAUUAAAUUUGCAUCUAGACCUAAGAUUCUUGCAGCGGAAAUAUUAUCAUAUGGUUGCACAAAUAUUUCUUUUUCCCCUUAUGGAAAUUAUUGGAGGAAGUUAAGAAAAAUAUGCACAAUGGAGCUUUUAACUCAAAAGCGUGUGAGUUCAUUUCAGUCCAUAAGAGAAGAAGUGUUCGUGAAUCUCAUCAAAAGGAUUGAUUCACAGCAAGGAGUACCCAUCAAUGUUACUCAACUUGUGGUUUCAUCAACUUUUGCUAUUAUUACAGAGGCUGCACUUGGCAAGAACUGCAAAGUGCAAGAAGAGCUUGCGGCUUUGGGAAAUGGAGAAUCUGUUGCGGGAGGUUUUGAUAUAGGUGAACUGUUUCCGUCUGCUAAAUGGCUUCAAGUUGUUUCGGGUUUGAGGCCGAAACUUGAGAGGUUGCAUAGACAAGUUGAUGAGUUGCUUGAAAAGGUUAUUGUUGAACAUAAGGAAGCAAAGUUGAAAGCAAGUCAAGGCCAAGGUGAUGAAGGAGAAGAAGAUCUUGUAGAUGUUCUUCUAAAUUUUCAGGGUGGUAAUGAUGGUGAUGAAGAUAUAUACUUAACUGACAACAACAUCAAGGCUAUAAUCAUGGACAUGUUUGGUGCUGGAGGUGAAACAUCAGCUUCUACUAUAGUUUGGGCAAUGUCAGAGUUGAUAAAAGAUCCAAGAGUGAUGAAGAAAGCUCAAGAUGAAGUGAGAGAAAUCUUCAACAUGAGAGGAAAAGUUGGUGAAAACUAUAUUAAUGAGCUAGAAUAUUUGAAGUGUAUUGUGAAAGAGACAUUAAGAUUACACCCUCCAGCUCCUCUUUUACUUCCAAGAGAAUGCAUGCAAGAAUGUCAGAUAGAUGGUUAUCAUAUACCAAUAAAAACCAAAGUGAUUGUUAAUGCAUGGGCAAUAGGAAGAGAUCCAAGGUAUUGGGCUGAACCAGAGAGAUUCUAUCCAGAGAGAUUCAUUGGUAGCUCUAUUGACUACAAAGGUGGUAGUUUUGAGUACAUUCCUUUUGGUGCUGGAAGAAGAAUGUGCCCAGGGAUGACAUUUGGUUUGAUAAAUGUUGAGCUAGCUCUUGCAUUGUUGUUAUAUCACUUUGAUUGGAAGCUUCCCAAUGGAAUGAAAGGUGAAGAUUUGGAUAUGAGUGAGCAAUUUGGAGCUACCAUCAAAAAAAGAGAUGAUUUGUACUUGAUACCCACUGCUCCUAUUCCUUCCGUAAUAAGAUAAAUUUAUGUAGCAUUGAUAUCUCUGAAAAAUGCAGUUUUGUGUCCGUGUCUGUGUAAGACACCUGCAACGACACUUUUAUUUUUUUAAAAUAAUUAUCGGAGUCACACUUCACUAGUUUCGGGGAAUCCAACAAUAAGAUGCUAUGGAAGAAUGUUUUCUAUGUUGUUGAUACAAUAAAUAAUUCCUCUAAAUAUUUUAAAAGAGCUACUAGAAGAUACUAGGCUCAAAAUAGAUAGUGCUCAAGAGCAACAAGCAUGGUUGCAUAAAUUUGUAGGCUUUGAUUUUAAAAUUGAAUAAGAAUCUGAAGCAUUAAACAAGUGUUCAGAAAUGUAUUCUAGGUGUUUCGUGUUUCAAACUUCAAGUCAUGGAAUAAGGCUCUUCAAGUUAUGUGGCAUUUGCUUGAGAUCCUUGUUUUGUCUUAAUGAAUCCUUUAACCUCAAGCUUUGUUGGGACUUAUUGCAUUCAAAGGAGAAUUGGACUUUUCUUCUGAACAAUGGAGUUUGUAGAAAUGACUACUCUAAACAAUCACGUUGCUUCUUCCAUAUGAAGUUGGGGUGAAGUGUAACUAGGAGGUUAUUCUGGAAAAUUCAAUUUGGCUUGUUUAUGAUGGCCAAAACAUUAACUUCUAGAAUGAUAGAUAACUAGUGAACUUCCUGAUUAGCACUCACAACCUGUAAACCUCUAAGGUUUGUGACUUCAUCUAUUGAUCAAAUUUUUCUUAGCUUCUCAAACAUGAGACAUUUAGUUUGGAUCCAUAACUCAAGAGGUGACCUUAAUCUCAAAGAGACAUACUCAUUUAAAUCUCACCAUUCUCACAAUAUGCACUGAACCAAAGCUCUUUGGAUUCCUAAACAGUAAACCC